UCGGAAUCGGUUACAACUUGUGGCAAUAAACGAGCGAGGCGAAAAAGUUCUUCAUACUUUGGCACCACAAAUAAAUACAAACAUAUAAACGGAAACGGAAUUGCUGAUUAAAAAAAGACACCAAAUUCAGCUUUUCCACGCCUCAACCGUUGCCAAUAUGAAGCUCUUCCCCACGGCAGCGACAGCAGCUACGCUGUUGUGCGCUGCGUUAUCUAUAGUCAAUGCUGAACCACCAGUUAGUUCUUAUUUACCGCCUGCUUCCGGACCGGCUACAUCAUAUAGUGCACCGGCUCAAAAUGAUUAUGCACCAAGUGCCCCUUCCGGUGGGCCAUAUGCAAGUCCACAGGGUCCACCAAGUUCGAGUUAUGGCGCACCUUCAGCACCAGCUCCACCACCACCGCCUCCACCUCCACGUCCAUCUUAUGGUGCGCCCAGUAAACCUUCUCCGCCAUCACCACCAUCUUCUAGCUAUGGUGCUCCCCCAUCACCACCUGCCUCUAGCUAUGGUGCUCCUCCACCUAGUCGUCCAAGUUCAGGUUAUGCUCCCCCACAGAAACCUCGUCGUCCAGCCAAAGUACCCGCUUCAACUUAUUCUGUACCACAAUCACCCGUGGCUUUUUAUGGCCCACCUAAAGCAUCGCCACCGGCACAGCCCGCGCCACCAGCUUCAGGUUACGGUGCGCCACCUUCGCCGCCGGCAUCCAGUUACGGUGCGCCACCAUCUCCUCCAGCUUCUAGUUAUGGACCUCCUUCGCGACCUUCACCACCAUCGUCAAGUUAUGGUGCUCCUCCGUCACCACCACAGAGCUCGCCUCCGUCAUCCAGCUAUGGUGCCCCACCGUCUCCGCCCGCCUCCAGCUAUGGACCUCCAGCAAGGCCUUCGCCUCCAGCAACUAGUUAUGGUGCACCCCCAUCACCACCAGCUUCGAGUUAUGGACCUCCUUCUCGACCUUCACCGCCAUCUGCAAGUUAUGGUGCACCACCAUCUCCUCCAGCUUCCAGUUAUGGACCUCCUUCUAGACCUGCUCCACCAUCACCGAGUUAUGGCGCCCCACCAUCACCACCAGCUUCCAGUUAUGGACCUCCUUCUAGACCUGCUCCACCAUCACCGAGUUACGGCGCCCCACCAUCACCACCAGCUUCGAGUUAUGGGCCACCUUCUAGACCUGCUCCACCAUCACCGAGUUAUGGUGCCCCACCAUCUCCUCCAGCUUCCAGUUAUGGACCUCCUUCACGGCCUUCCCCACCAUCAUCAAGUUACGGCGCCCCACCAUCACCACCAGCUUCGAGUUAUGGACCUCCUUCACGGCCUUCCCCUCCAUCAUCAAGUUACGGCGCCCCACCAUCUCCUCCAGCUUCGAGCUAUGGACCUCCUUCACGGCCUUCCCCACCAUCAUCAAGUUACGGCGCCCCACCAUCACCACCAGCGUCGAGUUAUGGGCCACCUACUAGACCUGCUCCACCAUCACCGAGCUAUGGCGCCCCACCAUCACCACCAGCUUCGAGUUAUGGACCACCUUCUAGACCUGCCCCACCAUCACCACCAGCCUCCAGCUAUGGCCCACCGUCUCGACCUUCUCCACCCUCCUCCAGUUAUGGCGCACCACCAGCGCCACCAGCUUCUAGUUAUGGUCCCCCAUCAAGACCUUCUCCUCCGCCGUCUAGUUAUGGUCCACCACCUUCUGCACCUUCAUCUAGUUAUGGCGCACCACCUGCACCACCGUCAUCCAGUUAUGGUGCACCAUCAGCUCCAGCCCCGCCCUCUAACUCGUAUUUACCUCCAUCACCUUCUAGUUCAAAACCUUUUGCUCCAUCCAAACCGGCACCACCUUCAACAUCGUAUGGUGUACCAACUGGAUACAGUGCUCCAGCGCCCGCGCCCGCACCUGCCCCAGUUCCUUCAUCUAGCUACGGUGCCCCACAACAAUCAGCGCCAUCUGCGCCAUCAUCAUCAUAUGGUGCACCUUCGGCACCUUCUUCAUCAUAUGAUGCCCCAGCUCCUGCAGCCCCACCAUCCAGCUAUAGUGCUCCUAGUGCCGGAGGUAAUGGUGGGGGAUAUGCAUCCUCAGCACCUUCAUCAUCCUACAGUGCCCCAAUAUCCGUACCAGAUACAAUACCGCAAAGUUACUCUGCCGAUGGUGGAUACAAAUAUCGGAAGUAGACUAUUCAAAACAAAAGAGAGCCCUUUCAAAGAGGCUAUAGACCGGAAAACAAUUAAUUACUCGUUGCUAGAUAAACCAAAAGAUGUCACGCCUAUUUUAAGUUUUACGAGCAAAAUUAUACUUACGGCAUCAAUAGUUUCCAUCUCUGCCUCGACUUAAAUGAAAUCUCCGAUUUAUUUAAGUUAAAAUGGGUGUCUACUUUAAAACUCAGCGUUGCCAUUUCUUCGCCGCCAAUGAAGUUAUACUUACCUACACAUAUAUUCUCUCAUUUUCCAUUAUGUGAACUGUCAUAUGCCGAUUUUAAAGUCAAUUGUAAACUACGCACUAAGUUCAUACAUAUACAUAUAUAUAUGUAUGUACAACUUAAGUAUUAAAAUGAAUGUUCUUACUUUGGAAUCUUUUCAUUUCUCAUCAUUUUUAUGUAAAACUUUUGUUUAAUACUUCCAUUUACAUAAACACAUUUUAAGAUACUUGUUAAAUUAAG